AUGGACCCGGAUAACAAACCAAAGGGUCCGUCUCCGCACUACUCGCUUUACCAGAGGCAAGUGUUCAGGGAGGGCGGGGAACAGGAAGUGCUGCCGUUCUUCUCUAUUCAUCCUAAGCAGUUACAAGCCUCCACCACGGAAACGCUCGACUGCAGGUCAUACUUAUAUGCAAAUUCAAACGCUGGUCUUUCAUGGACAGACCACGCCAAUAGGGAAGCAUCUUAUCACUGGCGUAUAAUUCCGCGUAUGCUCGUAGAUACGACCACAAGGGAUCUUUCUGUCGAUGUCUUUGGCCAUCGCGUUCCUGCGCCGAUCUUGUUUGCACCCAUUGGGAUCAACAAACUCUACAGCCCAGAGGGCGAAUUGGUCCCAGCGAAAGUUGCAGGAGAACUUGGUCUUCCGUACUGCCUUUCCACUGCAGUCUCUCAAUCGAUAGAGGAUGUAGCAGCUGCCAACGAUGCCGGCGCCGCGACCGUGGAACAUCACAACACAGAUCACAGUGGCAAGAAAGCCAAAACCCCACGCUUUUUCCAACUGUACAUGGGUCAUGAUGAUGACGUCACCAUUUCUCUCUUGACACGGGCAUGGAACUCUGGAUUCGACGUUUGCAUGCUUACCGUGGAUACAUGGCAACUUGGUUGGCGGCCCACGGACAUUGACGCCGCGAAUUACACCUUCUAUUAUCCUGGAACUCCUGGAAAUGAAAUGGGUGAAUCCGACCCGACUUUCAUGCGUAAGUAUGGAAGCGAACUCUCCCGCGACAAGGGGACUUGGAUAGACAAAUGCGUGUGGCACGGAAAAGCUCAUACUUGGGACAAAGUGAAAUGGGUCGAAAAGGAGUGGCACCGCAUCUCAGGCGGACGCCCAUUUCUCCUUAAAGGUAUUCAAGCUGGGGCGGACGCGCAGGCAGCCCUCGAAGCUGGAUACGCGGGUGUGGUCGUCAGUAAUCAUGCCGGGCGCCAGGUAGACGGUGCGAUUUCCAGCUUGGACGCCCUUGAGGAUGUGGUUAAUGCAGUUGGUGGGAAGAUGACCAUCCUCUUCGAUUCUGGGAUACGAACAGGGUCGGAUGUAUUCAAGGCUAUUGCCCUUGGUGCCGAUGCGGUACUAGUUGGACGAUUGUGGGUUUGGGGUAUGUCACACGGAGGAGAAGCGGGUUGUAGGCAUGUCAUGACAUCCUUACUUGCUGACGUGGACAUCACAAUGACAGUGGGUGGGUAUCGUUCUAUUACGGACGAUGUGAAACGUCACGCUCUCAAGCGGUGUCCAUAUGGCACUAUGCCGCCGGAGUGA